UUCAGAUUUCCAAAACAUGCUGACACCCGGUUGAGCUACAUGACAGCGCUGCGCUCAUUCUGCGUUUUCUAGCAAUUUAACCAGCAUAUAACCUUCGAAUAAACAUGUAUCACAGGUUGAUUACUUGCAGGCACUUCUAAAACACCUAUGAUGUCAUCAACCUGUAGUACAGGGGCACAUGCAGGUGGAGGAGGAUGUGUUGCCAUGGAGUCUUCAAACUUCGCCCAUGUCAUCUUCCAGAAUGUUGGAAAGAGCUUCCUCCCACAGGCAGCACUUGAAUGUCAUUACACACUCACCCCUUUCAUCUCCCCACAUCCCAAAGACUGGGUUGGCAUCUUUAAGGUGGGCUGGAGCAGUGCAAGAGACUACUACACAUUUCUCUGGUCUCCCAUGCCUGAAAACUACUCAGAUGGAUCCACUGUUCACCGAACCAUCAUCUUUCAGGGUUAUUAUGUUCCCCGUAGUGAUGGAGAAUUUUAUCAGUUCUGCUAUGUCACACACACGGGUGAAAUCAGAGGUGCGAGCACGCCGUUUCAGUUCCGCCCGGCCACGCCCACUGGAGAGGAGCUACUGACAGUGGAGGAUGAUGGGAACACCGACAUACUGGUUGUGACAACAAAGACUGGACUACUUGAGCAACGUGUAGAGGAAGUUCAACAGGAGUGCAGAGAACUGCAGAAAGCCCUGCGCCGCCUCACACAAGAGAGAGAUCAGCUUCAGGAGAGACAGAGACAACAGAACCAGGAGCUGCAGAAAGGACUGUGCAAGGAGAAGGAGGCGGCCCAGGCCAGAGUAAGGCAGCUUGAACAAGACCUGCUAGAAGUAACGCAAAAGUCUGUUCUUAAAGAGGCCGAACUAGAUUGUUUGAGAGACAAGCUGCAGAAGGUGAUUUCUGAGAGGGACAGUCUGCAAACUCAACUGAAGAAUGAGAGGGACGAGAGAGAACUUUACAAAUCUCACGUGCGUAGCGCGGAGCUGGAGAACACUAAACUCAGCGCAGAGCUGCAGAUGCUGAAGGCGGUAGAGCUGAACAGGGAGGUCACCAUCGCACAGUACCAGGAGGAACUGCACAGACUACGCACUGACAGAGAUACACACUCCACAGAUGCUACUCUUAAAGAAAAGUUGCGUCAGGCUGAGGAGCAGCUGCAGGCCACACGGCAUCAAGCGGCCAUGUUGGGCUCUGAGUUACGUGACGCCUCCGGCGGGCGGGAUCGCACCAUGGCUGAGCUGUACCGCGUCCGUCAAGAGGCUGAAGACCUACGAGCCCAUUUAGCUGAAGCUCAGGAGGAAUGUAGACAUGCCCAGAAUCAGCUGGACAGGAUGAGGAGUCAGGCACCACAGGAAGCGGGUGGGGCUGGUGGGGGAGUGGGUGUGGUCUCUGAGCUGGAGGCAGAGCUCCAGAAGGAGGUAGAGGAACUGAAGCUGCGUUUGAAUAUGGCUGCAGAGCACUACAAAGAGAAAUACAGAGAGUGCCAACGUCUGCGAAGACAAGUCACCAAACUUAGCCAGCAACAGGAGGCACAGCAGGGGGACUCUAACAGGAAUGAUGCAUCUACAGACACCACAUUGGAGUUACACACCCCAGAUGCAGAGAUGCCUCCUACAGAUCAAUGUCCUGCAGAAGUAAACCUUGUGGUGCAGAGAGAUGCAAGUAGACCAAGGAAUGAAAAUGGACCUGGACAGGAGGGGAAGGAAGAGAAAAAGGAGGGGGAGGAAGAGGAGGAGCAAGAUGAAGAGGAAGAGGAGGAGCAAGAUGAAGAGGAGGAGGAGGAGCAAGAUGAAGAGGAGGAGGAGCAAGAUGAAGAGGAGGAGCAAGAUGAAGAGGAGGAGGAGGAGGACUGUAGUGUGUCAGUAGAGACUGAGCUCGCAUGCAUGGAGGAGAAAUGGAGAGAGCAGUGCACCAUCAGUGAAAACCUAAAGCUCCUCCUUUCCAGUGAGGAGAAGAGGUUUAAAGCUCAGGUAGCAGAGAAGGACAAAGAAGUUUCUGCACUGAGAGAGAGUCUUGUGGUGGUGACCAGGGAGAAGGAGAGACUGGAAGAGGAGUUGCGGCAGUGUAUGAACAGAGGGGCAGUGGCAGCUGGAAGUCAGAGGUUAGAGGUCAGAGAGCCACUGGUGUUGCGUUACCCACUGCCAUACCCACAAGACCCUCCUCCUCUUCCACUGGUACCACAACAACCUGCUGAACUGCAAUAUGGAAACCCCUAUUCAGAGGAAGAGACUCGUGAUGGAGCAGAUGGGGCGUUAUCCCCUGAACAAACCUGCCGGCCCCCUCCUGUGGCCCCUCCGCCGUGGGGUGGUCCUGUGGUCUGCAGCCAGCCUUCACGGAGUCUCAGCCCCCCUGAUGGCCUGGAGAACCCAGCCGAGGAGCGGCCUAACGGAGGUGAUGGUGAGGCCCCUGCAGUCUGUGAUCAUCAGAGCCUUGAAUCCAAUGACAGCCUCUCCAGCUUCUGCUUUGACACCAGAGCUGACGUUCACAAGCGUUGUCCUCUCUGUGAGGUGAUCUUCCCUCCACACUUUGAGCAGAGCAGUUUUGAGCGACAUGUGGAGUCACACUGGAGGGUGUGUCCCGUCUGCAGUGAGCAGUUUCCUCUGGACUGCCAACAGCAGCUCUAUGAGAAGCACGUGCACACGCACUUUGAUAGCAAUGUUCUCAACUUUGACAACUUUGAUUAGAGAGAAAAAAAUUGUGUGUUCUUUGCUGCUUUCUUCUUUUAGUUAAACAUAAAACGCCUCAGGUGAUGGAGAGGCUUCAGUGUUUUGUUUGACAGAAGUUGAUGGUGUUACUUUGUUGUAAUAGCUGCACAGCUUGUGCCAGGGCAAUUCACCAGUCAGAAUACAUGAUUUGCAUAUAGAUGAGCAUUAUUCAGAUAUUUAAACUUCAAAGGGACUGAAAAGAUUACUAAAAUAUUGUAAUUCAGGUGUAAUUAUAUAUAUAUAUAUAUAUAUAUAUAUAUAUAUAUAUAUAU